CAUUUAAGCUCUAUUUUUUUGUUUUUGUUUUUAUUGUUAUUUUUUGUAUUUUAAUCUUCGAACUUGGGUGAGAAUUUUUGGUGAACCAAGUUUGGCUGUGUGCUUUGAACUUGACUUAAUGGGUGCUCAAGCUUGAAUUUUUCCAUUUGAAUUGGCUACCCUUAUGGCCGGUGAUGGCAACGGCGUAAUUGGGAUUUGCUACUGACAAGUGUUCUUGGGUUUCAGGUUGAGGGGUAUCUUCAACAUUGGUUUUGGAUGCUUAUUGCAUGAGUGUUCAGGAGUGUUACUCAUUGCGUUUUGAAUGGUACAGUUGUUUCUGUUAAUGUUUUAAUAUGCCAAAAUAAGUUUUGUUUGUUUUGGGGUAUGUGGGCUGGUUGACUCAAUCACAUUGGGUAUGAGUGUUUAGACAAGGAGUAAUGAAACCUGAGGAGAGAGUUCAUGGUGAACGAAAGUGGGGUUUUGCUGAUAUUGUUGUUUGGAGAUUGAAUUUGUUGUGAGCUUGUGGUAUGUGUUAAUAAUCAUAUGUUGUUAGUUAGGGUGUUGAAGGUUUUUGUGCUUGGAUUGUAUAGAGAACUUGAGGUGACACUUGUUGUUGGACACUGCAUUGGGUAGUGGAGAUGCCACCAUCCCUAUCAUUUAGAAGCUCUCCCGUUAGAGAGCCAAGAUCAGACAGUCACCAGCGUGGGCGCAGUCUUGAAAGCGGAUUGCCCUCAAGAGAGAAAGAUGACGAUCUUGCUUUGUUCAGUGAAAUGCAGUCCAGAGAAGAAGAGAGUUUUUUGCUUCAACCAUCUGAUGACUUGGAAGACUCAUUUUCGUCAAAGUUGAGAAAUUUUCCUGAUAUCAAGCUUGGGAUAUCCAUUCCCGGUCGAGGAGAAACCAGUGAAUUGCUUAAUGCAGAUGGUGAUGAGAAUGACUAUGACUGGUUAUUGACACCUCCGGACACACCACUGUUUCCUUCUUUAGAUGAUGAACCACGAGAAUUAAAUGUUGUAAGCAGAGGAAGGCCAAGGAGUAAACCUAUUUCCAUAUCAAGAUCAUCUACGACAGAGAGAAGUUACAAAAGCAGAAGGGGUAGUGCAAGUCCAGGUCGUUUAAGUUCAUCCCCUCGUUCUGGGAAUAAUACAUUGCAAUCGAGGGGAAUGUCUUCAUCAACACCAAAUUCUAGUCCAACUCAAGUUUUACGGCAUGCUACUCCAACAAGAAGGUCAUCUCCUCCUCCAACUAAGCCCACAACACCUGCUCCUAGACCUUCCACUCCUACUCCUCGGCGAAUCAGCACUGGCUCCAGUAGUCCUGCACUCUCAUUGGGGAUUAGGGGAACUUCCCCUGUUAAGACAAGCCGUGGAAACUCUGCUUCACCAAAGAUAAGAUGGCAGACUAAUAUUCCUGUUUUCUCUUCUGAAGCUCCUCUCAAUCUCCGUACCUCUUUGGCUGAUCAACCAGCAUCAUAUGUGAGAGGUUCAUCUCCAGCAUCCAAAAAUAGUAGGGAUUCUACUUCUAAAUUUGGUAGGCAAUCAAUGUCUCCCACUCCUUCCAGGAGCAGCAGUUAUAUUCAUAGUCAUGAUCGAGCCCAAUCUAGUUCACACAGCAAAGGUUCUGUUGUAUCUUCAAGUGAUGAUGAUCUGGACUCUCUUCAGUCCAUCCCAGUGGGUAGUCUAGAUCGAUUUGGUUCAAGAAGGGAUGGUUCAUUUUCAAACAGCAAAUCUCCUUCAAUUUCCAAGAAGUCAGCCAAGAUGGUGUCCCCAAGUUCUGCUCCUAAAAGAUCUUUUGAUUCUGCUAUCCGGCAAAUGGAUAGAAAAAGUCCUCAGAACAUGUUCAGGCCUCUCUUAUCUAGUGUUCCAAGUACAACCUUAUAUGUCAGAAAAGCAAAUUCUGCACAACAUUCCCUGGUAUCUAGGAACUCCUCUGUCACAACAAGUAGCAAUGCAAGCUGUGAUCAUGGUACAAAUUUUGUGCCAGAUGCUGAAGGGAGUGACCACAAUCAAGAUGAUAUGGCUUGUGAAUCUAAGAUAUUAUACACUGAUAUUCGUGAAGAAGUAUUUUCCUUUGAUAAAAUUGGUGGAUUAAAUGCAAACAUUGGGCAUGAGAUCAAUAAUGAAUCAGUUGAUGUCCUGCACAACAAAACUAGAGGCCCUGUGAUUGCUUUAGACCCUACUGAAUCUGAAGCUUCUUUUUAUCAUGGUAUUGACAAAGAAUUCAAUGAAAGCUUAGAAACUUCCCAUGCCAUAGGGGACAUUUCUGAAACUGGUGGUUUUGAGAAUACAACAAUUUGUUCCAAUUGUGGUUGCCCUCUUGAGGCCACAGAUCAAACUGAGAAGAAUCUUAGGCUGUGUCCAAAAUGUAGCAGGAAAACCACAUUGUUGAGACAUGUAAUCCCGGAGGCAAAUUUGGCUGUUUCCAGUGAAAAUUCAGUGAAUUCCACAGACAUUCUUGCAGAAGAUAGACCAUCAGCCAAAACAGACCAACUAACCGUUGUGUCUGAACUGCCUCAAGAGACUGAUGUGGGUAACAUGAGGUUUCCCCUUGGUGAACCAGAUGCUGUGGAAAUUCAAACUUUUCCCAGUGAAUUUAUUCAGGACCACUCGCAACAAAAUUCUCUCUCGAGUUCACUGGUGGAGGGAAGUAGGCAGAUGCCUGCCAAUCAGCUUGAAGUGGACCAGUCAGGGGUUGAUGACAAGAAGCCCGAUAAUCAUUCUAGCGGUCAGCAGUUGUAUCUUUCCAACGAUAGUUCAAAUUUGAAAGUGGACCUCUUGGAAGGCACUGGCAUUUCUGUACUACUGAAAAGGUCAAGCAGUAGCAAAGGACAUGUAAUUCAGGGCAGGACUUUUACUGCCACGACGCUAUCUUAUGAUGAUCUGUCUUUUGCAAGAAGCAGCAUUAACAGUAUUAGAAGCUCAACUGGACGUAGCAGUUAUUCUACCACUUCAUCUGCCGAUUUCAGCUCAGCAAGACAUUCUGAUUUUCGUGUCCAAAGGCAGUCAAGUGGCAGGAAAUUGGAUGUAGACUAUGGAUAUGAUGUUAGGAUCAGGCCUCCAAGCCCUGGUUUAUCUUUUUCUGGAAUGUCAAACCAUUCUUACCAUGGAUUAGGUUUUGCUACACAAGAAACUUCCUCUGGCAAUACAGAAUGCAGCAUCCUGGAAGAGAUACCCCAAGAUCUACGAGAAAUGCAAGCUUCAGAAAAUGCAGUAACAGAUGUAAUUGAUUCUUCCUCUAUGGGUUUGAUUGUUGUCAGGGAAGAUAAUCUUGAAUAUCAUGAUUGUGGUAGAACAACUGAUGCCUGUAGCUCAGGAUUAGUAAGCCAAGCUACUGGUGUUCAGCAUGAUGACAAUUCAGUGUCAGCAUUUCCAAAUCAUGGGAGUUUUAUUUCAAAUGAUAGUAUUGAAGACCAGCCGAAUAAUGUAAGCAGUGUCUCAAAUACGGAAACAACAGUUAAGGAUCCAGAGUCAUCCUUUGAUGAGAAACAUGAUAUGGAGAACUCUUGUGUUGAUGGACUGGAUGCUUUGGUAACUAUCAACACUUCUACAAUUGAAGAAUCAGAAAUAGAAGGGGAAAACUGUUGUCAGAAGGAUACUGGUGUGGUGGAUGUUGAUCCAUCGCUGGUAUCAAAGUGCCCCAUUGCAGACUUUCAGGAACAUUCUGUUCCAAAUUCUUCCAGUGAUUGUCUUGCAGCUUCUGUUUCCGAGCUCCAUGCCUCUGAGUACUCCCUUGGCAUAGAGGGAUCCACAGUUACGGUGGAGUGUCAAGAUGGAGGAAAUGCUAGAAACCUGACACUUGAAGAGGCAACAAAUACUAUACUUUUUUGCAGCUCUAUCAUCCAUGAUCUUGCAUAUCAGGCUGCAACGAUAGCAAUGGAAAAGGAACACUCGGAACCAUUGGAAGGUUCUGAGCCAACGGUGACUAUAUUGACAAAACCCAAUUCCGAUAUAAAGGACUCUCGCAGCCGAACUGCUGGCAAGCGUGCUAUGAAACCCCAGAAGGCAACAAGGCCAAAGAUGGUGGAAGUUGAUGUAAAAUCCCCUUCCAAGAUUGAGAAUGACGAAAAUAUUGACGAGUCUUUGACACGCAAUGUUGGGCUUCCUAACAAAAUAGACAACGUGAAGCCCCUUCCAAAUAAGCUUGAAUCAAAGUGUAAUUGCGUCAUAAUGUGAGAGUGCAAAGUUCAGAUUGCCCUUAUAAUUUGUGCCGGCAUUUCUUCUCUUCCUGUUGGCUUAUAUAUACACCAGAGCAGAGCUUAGCCAAAUGCUUGCGCAUUUAUGGCUUUAGGUUUAUGGCUGUUUGGGAUAAUAGCCAAUUGCUAUUUGUUGGUUCCAAUAUAUAUAUUGUAAGAUAUGCAGCUUUGUGUUUGACAUAAUUGUAAAGUUAUUUUUUUCCCUUCCUUUUUUUGUUGGUAGGCCAUUAAUUUGAGGCAAUUGGAGGAUUGUGCUCCUCAAGUUGCUCCAUUCUUCUUAUUUGAGUUCCAUUGAGAUGAAGUGAUCCAUCAAUGGAAGUGUGAAGUAGAACUCAUUCAAAUUCGUUAAUAUAGUGAAAAGCACACUGAUUUCUUUGCUA